AAUCAGUAGAAGGACAAAUAAAAUGUUUAAAUAAGAGCUGCGUUCGGCAUUGCAAAUCCGAGGCGUCGGAGUACUCUUCCUCCCUUUCUAUCCUAUUCUCCUCUCUCGCUCACUCGAAUGCAAAAGAGCACCCUCCAACACGUCGGAUUUGCAAUGCCGGACGCAACUGUAGAAGAAAGUCCCCUAUUAUAAGGUAGGUUCAUAAUAUGAGAUAGCGGAGUUUCUGCUAAAUUAAUAAGAAUCGUAGCUCCUUUUAUGAAGUUUGCAUCAUAUUGUAAUACGUUCAUCCACUGAAGACCUUGCAUUUUGAUUGUAGUAGCAUUUAGUAUAGAAAUAAUUCCACCACAUGAUGACUUUAUCUUUUGUAAGAUAAAUGUUUUUCGCAUAUAUAUUUUAGUGAUACCAGCAAACAAUUAAUCUUUUGUCGAAGAAAUAUUUCUCCUUCUACACAAUAUGAUCCGAUAGGAAGCUUGUGGAGACAGAGACCAACGUUCGUUGUGUUAUUCGGCCAGCGGGUUAAAACAUUAUUAAAGGUCAAACGAUGAUUGGCAUGUCCUAAUAUAAAAGCGCUCACAGGAGAAAGAAGAGGGCUUUAUUAGCUGAUGUAUCAGGAAAUACUUUUUCACAAUGCUUUACUCUCCUCUCAUUCCGCAUUUUCUGGCGAUCACAAUGUUGCCAUACAAAUUCAGCAAUGAUUUCAAAGCGGAAUAUAACUUCGAUUACAACAAAACUAUCGUAGUGCACAGAGAGCCUGUUCAAGUUACAGAAACAACUGCUAAAUUAACAUGUCUGUCUGAACCAACGAGAAUGUAUUGUGUCUUACGAAACAUUACCAUCUCUUCGAUCGUUAAGUAUCAUAACGUGAACGGCACAAAAACAGUUAUAGACGAGGUCUCAAAACGUCACCUUAACAUCAAACAGUGGUUUGUUAUGUAUUUCAAUGAAAACCGUAUAGAGAAGAUAAUGAGGAGUCAACAGGUGGUUAAGGCUGAUGAAGUUGAAUACCCACUGGCCAGACAUAUUAUUCUCAGUAUUGUUAAUCAGUUCAACUUAAUAAAUGGAGAUAAUAUAAAUAAAAUGGAAAAUGCACACACGUCUGGCGCGUCCGGUAAGAAUGUCUCAUUCAGUUUAGAUAUAUGGGAACCCACACCACUAGGCGAAUGCAGAGUCAAAUACAAUGGCAAUGUGAAGCAAGAAGACAAAAAAAAGGCUACCAAGUUCCGAAUUAUACCGGCAACGACAUUGCCCUUAUUGUUAGUUAAUGCAACAAAUGCACGUAUACGUCUUGAGAAGGCUAGACAGCAAUGCAUACAUUCGACAGGAUUUAAGAACUUUUUGAACAAUAUGGUACUGGACGACUACAAAUGGCUAGUGGAAACCUACAAUGACGGAUUAAACAUCUCCACUACAAUGGAUGUGAUACUACCUGCUGACGAGUGGCAUCCAAACGGACAACUUGUGUUCAAUGAAAAAGUACAGUUAACUCUUAAGAAUGUCACAUCUCCACCAAUUGUAACAGAGCCUCGAGAAUGGAUCAAUUUUAAUUAAAUAUAAAAAAUAUAUACAUUCUAUGUGAUAUCAAUUGAAAUAUUGUAUCGAAUCUUUUUGUGGAAUUUACUGUUAUUAAGAUAUUCGCUGAAAAGUGACUGAUAUUAAAUAGCAUUUGAUAAGAUUAUAAUAUAUUUCUUGCCCUUAAUUAAUACGGCAACUUAUGAUAUUUGUCAUAAUACCUAAUGUACGUGAAAACGCUGACUCCUCUUAUGAAACUUGCAUCAUACAUCGAGGAUGCACGGGUGCAUCAUGUUUGUCCACUAUUGAUUGUGCAACUUCGUCCGGUUGUAGGCAUUGAUUACGAGUUAAUUCCACCAAGUAAUAACGUGGCGUUACGACAAAAACUCAUGAUAGCAAAUGUAACAUUCAUUACUUGACUGCAAAAAAAGGUUUAUUAAACUUUAUUUCACUUAUUUGCAUGUAUUAAAAAACUUUUAUCGUUUCCUCUCAAGAGAUUCUUCUCAAAUAAAUUAUGAAAUUGCUUUACGACGCUCCGUAAAGAAUCUAACACAGUUUUGCGUUGCAAGUUAUACUUUUCUUUAAAAAAAAAUAUAUAUUUAAAAAACUUUCAACGGUACUUGGCCAAUCGCGGUCAAGUACGAGUGGAAUACGCGACUGUGAUUAGUCAGUUUCUUAAGGCUUAAGGUUUGAAUCUCUAUUGUAGACUGGGACCAAAGGACGCACGUAUCUCCGAAACGGGAUACAAAGUUAGUUUUGCGGUACAAAAUGAAUAUUAAAUAAUCCACUACCGUUCCGUGUUGCGCUCGAGACGCACUUGGAGCUCAUUGUAUCCCUGUUUCAGUAAAUCGGAGACAAGACGACGCGUGGACGCACAGGAGCCAAGCGAGAUCUCGCGCGCGGCUCUUUCCGCCGGACGCGGCCGGAAGGUCGGCCGUAACCUACGUUCAGCCGCGACAUAACCUCGAGUUCUUCCACGGCGGAGCGUGCGGCGUGUAUGAUGCAAACGGCAUGACCGAGAGUAGUAUCGGCUC